UUUACACAGCCACAAACUAAAACAAAGAUGGAUCUCUACAUCUUCUUAUGGUUUUGCAUCUCCUUGUUCCUCUUUCUCCGUCGCUCCUCCGCCUCCCACCGCCUCCCUCCGGGCCCUUUCAAUUUCCCUAUAUUAGGCUCCCUCCACCGCCUAGGCUCUCACCCUAACCAAUCCCUCUUCGAGCUAGCCAAAACCUACGGCCCCCUUAUGACUCUCCGCCUAGGUUACAUCACCACCGUCAUCGCCUCCUCCGCUGAAAUCGCCAAACAAAUCCUCCAAACACACGAGGAGACCUUCUCCGAUCGCACUGUUCCCGACGUCGUCGCCUCCCAACCUAACCCCGAGUCGACCCUUGCAUGGGCAGUCGGCGACGGCAGGUGGCGCAACCGCCGAAGACUAUGCAACACCCAGCUGUUCACCGUGCAAAGACUCAACUCACUCCAACACCUCCGCCACCAAAAAGUGAAGCAACUCAUCGAACACGUGAACAAACAACGUAUUUCCGGAUCCCAAGUCAAUAUAGGUGAAGUCACGUUCGCUACGACGUUGAACUUGAUAUCCAGUACGAUAUUUUCCACGGAUAUCGUCGACCCAGAGUUCAGCACAGCGCAAGAGUUUAAAGAUUUGGUGUGGCGGAUAAUGGAGGAUUCAUCGAAACCCAACUUGUCGGAUUAUUUUCCGAUGUUGAAAAGGUUUGAUUUGCAAGGAAUAAGGAAGCAUAUAAGGCAGUCCUAUAAGGGAUUGCAUGAGAUAUUUGAUGAGAUGAUCGAUAAAAGAAUGGAGGUUAGAGCUUCCGAUCCCAUGGCCAGGACUGGUGAUUUCUUGGAUCUUCUUCUUGAUCAGUGUGAAGACAACGAGUCCGACUUCACCCGCCAAAAUACCAAGCCUUUGAUCUUGGACUUAUUCAUUGCCGGAAGCGAUACAUCCGCAAUAACAACAGAAUGGGCGAUGGCGGAGCUCCUCCGAAAACCCGAAGUUCUACAGAAAGCGAAAAGGGAACUCAUGGAAGUCAUCGGAACCGAGAGAGCCGUGCGAGAAUCAGACAUCGAUGAACUGCCGUAUCUUCAAGCCGUCGUCAAAGAAACAAUGCGCCUCCAUCCCGCCGCUCCUCUUCUCCUACCAUACAAAGCCAAAAACGACGUGGAAAUAUGUGGCUACGCAUUACCGAAGAACGCUCAGCUUCUGGUGAAUGCUUGGGCCAUUGGCCGAGACCCCAACUACUGGACCGAUCCUUUCUCGUUUUGUCCCGAAAGGUUCAUUGAUUCCGGCUUAGAUUUCAGAGGUCGCUGUUUUGAGUAUAUACCGUUCGGUGCUGGUCGAAGAAUAUGCCCGGGCUUGCCUCUUGCGGUUCGUAUGGUGCAUUUGAUGUUGGCGUCUAUGAUACAGUGUUUUGAUUGGAAACUUCCCCAAGGAAUCAAUCCACGAGACUUGGACAUGCAAGAACAGUUUGGGAUGACUCUCAAGAAAGCGAUACCACUGUGUGCUAUUCCUAUUUAGCUUGUCGUAUA